UCUCUCUCUCUCUUCACUCUCUUUCUUCUUUCUCUCACUAAAAAAAAAACUAGCGAUCGAAGAGAAUCAUCAAGAAGCUACUGUCAGAGAAAUCAAACCCAAGAACACAAGAAUCAUUAUGGGAGCUGAAGAAGAAACCAAUAAGACAUGGCCUCCAUGGCUAAAACCUCUACUUAGAGAAAAAUUCUUCGUACAAUGCAAAUUACACGCAGAUUCACAUAAGAGUGAGUGUAACAUGUACUGUUUAGACUGUACCAAUGGUCCUCUCUGUUCUCUAUGUCUCUCUUUCCACAAAGAUCAUCACGCUAUUCAGAUAAGGAGAUCUUCGUAUCAUGAUGUUAUAAGAGUGUCGGAGAUUCAGAAGUUUCUUGACAUAACAGGAGUUCAGACAUAUGUGAUCAACAGUGCUAAGGUUGUGUUCUUGAACGAGAGACCUCAGCCUAGACCAGGCAAAGGUGUGAUCAAUACUUGCGAAGUCUGUUAUCGAAGCCUCGUUGAUUCCUUCAGAUUCUGCUCUCUUGGUUGCAAGAUCUCUGGAAUAUCGAAGAAGAAAAGAAAGGAAUGGACGAAUAAUCUUUCGGAUUCCGAUGAUUCGUAUAGUAGUACGAGUAUCGGAAGGCUCAAGAAGAAUGAUGACAUUAUGAAUAAUGGUUUCAUGCCAUCAACACCGCCUCUAUCAGCCGUGAAUCGCCGAAUUGCAAAACGAAGGAAGGGAAUCCCUCACCGUGCUCCUUUUGGAGGACUAAUCAUAGAAUACUAAGAAAAUGGUAAUGUAUAGUCUUAUGCUAAUAACCAUCACUAGUAGUU